UCCGUUUUUCCCACAAAGCUCCGUUUCAGCUGCUCCUCGUGGCCACGAAAGCUUCCCCGCAGCGCUGCAGGCGAUUGGUUGGUAACUGGAGGAGGAGCCAUGGAGUGUGUGAACUGUGAAAAGGGAGAAACAGUGGGAGAGAGCUGACGGAUUGGCGGCGGAAAGUGGUUCUUGCACACUAGAGUGGUGGUAUGGUUUUCAGUGUUGGUCCAACUCUUACCGUGAGAUCAUGUGUCUCUAGUUUCCUGCGUCUAACAGCGCCUGAGGAAGAGAUCAUUUGACGUGUUAAUUGAGUGCAAGACUUUUCUUCCUCAACUUCGGUGGCAGUGCAUGUCCGCCUCGAUUCUCUUUCUCGUGCCACCGAACAAGACGGUUCAGUUUGUGAUUUUGCACUUGUGAUUUCGUGUUGACUCUUAAGUUAUCCGUGGUUAAUCUACAUCACUUGCACCUGGAAUAACUUUGCUCCAAUCGCUUGGGUGUAAUAUCACAAAAUUUAUUCCCGAAAAAACUUACUGGAGACUUUAAUAUCAUUGGUAAACCUGCGAACUGGACAAAAAAAAUCAAAUUCCCAAUCAGUUAGUAGGUGAAGCGAAUUUGAACAAGAAGUUGGUGAAGUUAAUGAGCUAAUUAGUGUUUUAAAAGCGAAAAUUAAAUAAUUUUUCAAAGUGCAUCUGAUGCAAUUGGUGGAAAAUUACGUAAAAGCAAACAUAGCAUUACAAACACACUUCGCUAAAGUCAUCGGCCCAGUGAAGCCGUGCAUCACAGUGAAGCCAACAUAGUUGCAGUGAACGCGUCGCGAUCGCAGUAAUCGUUGGCGAUUAAGCAAAUUUAAAACAAUAAACACCAAUAGCACACAUUAUGGAACUAUAAGAAAAAUAACAAGAAGCAUAUAAUGCAGCAGAAAAUGCGGACAUAAUUUAACACUUGACUGUAAGGAAAGUAAAAGCAAACCAAUUUAAUCAGUAUAUAAAUUGCUAAUAAAUAAUAAUACAAAAAAAAACGGUGGAAAAUAAAUAAUAACACAGUGAUAAAUGAGAACGUAACUUUACCUAAUUUACUUUGGUAUAUCCGCUUUCGGGGCUAGUGUGGUAUCUUUUUGGCUGUUACAACUAAUAACAAGACCCAGUGAGCCAAAAAGGAAAGUCACGAAAACAAGGGACAAUUUUAACUAAGAACUCUGUGACAAAGUGACAAAGGGUGCCAGAUACUUUCUUUCCCGAGUGGCAGAGUAACUGCGUCAAAAUCGUGCUGCAGUGGUUAACGUCGGGCGGAAGCCCAUUUCCAGCAACCAAUAUUAGUGGCAUAUCGGACAUUGCGGGGGCUGACAUGACGGUCCCAGUGCAGCGUGGCUCCAUGGCCGUGCUGCAGCCCCCACGGUCCCGCUUCAUGAUCACGGACAUCCUGGCGGGUAGCGGUGGUGGUGGCGGUGCCGCCGCAGCGGCUCUCCAUCACCAUCCGCUCCAUCAUCAUAAUUCAGGAGGUGGCGGUCGAGAUGGAAGUGAAGAUGGACGUUCCCCAAGUCCUGGGCCGCGAGAUCUAAGUGUAACGCCGGGUAAUCGACACCUACAUCAUCCUGCCGACGAUAGCGACAGUGAUUCGAGUGGACCCCUUGACAAUCACAGUGUCUGUAGUAAUGGUGCCAAAGACGAUGAUGGAAGCAUAAAGAGUGGAAUUGGCAUUGGUGGUUCAUCAGGAUUGAGUAAAAAGCAGCGAAAAGCACGAACAGCAUUCACAGAUCAUCAACUACAAACACUGGAGAAGAGUUUCGAACGACAAAAGUACUUAAGUGUUCAGGAUCGCAUGGAGUUGGCAAAUAAGUUGGGACUGAGUGACACACAAGUGAAGACAUGGUACCAAAAUAGAAGAACAAAAUGGAAGCGACAGACAGCGGUGGGAUUGGAAUUAUUAGCAGAAGCUGGCAAUUAUGCAGCUUUCCAGCGUCUAUAUGGCGGUCCUGCGUACCUCGGUGGAUGGCCUUAUCCAUCCCAGGGUCCCCCUGGAGCCCCUCCCUCGGCAGCCGAUCUCUACUAUCGGCAAGCCGCUGCCGCAGCUUUGCAAAAACCCCUGCCCUACCGCCUAUACCCUGGUGUCCCAGCUCUUGGGUCACUGGGUACUAUACCAGGGCCAAGUGCUCCUUUUCCGCACCUCGCAGCCUCCAAUUCACUCUCCUCCCUCAGCAGUUACUACCAGAACAACAAUAACACUAGCAGUAGUAACAACAACAACGGGUCUUCAGCCAAUAACUCCAGUUCCAAUAGACGCUCACCCAGCCCACCCCUGAAUCCGGGCAGUCCGCCUGGGCGCUCAGAGAGCAAUGCUGCGUCAGAUGAGGAGGACACAAUACAGGUGUGAGCACCCCCCCCAUUCCUCCCAUAAAAUCUAAAAUGCUUUGUGAUUUUACAUUAAAAACACUGUGUAAAAAGAACGUUAAACUUACAAACAUAGAGAAUGUAACUUAAA